AGGGAACGGACGAGGAAGAAAUUGAGCACCUACUCAAAGGUCGUGCUGCGACCCAGAAAAUCAACUCAACACUCCUUCUGAGCGCAAAAACGUCACCUCACUUCAGGACGCCGUAGAGAGUCAUUUUGCAGCGCACAUACAGCUCUCGACAUUCGCUCACCAAUCCGCCAUGCUAAAGUCCUUUCCUGUGACACCCUUGGGUCAAAACUACACAGAGUUCCUAGAGUUCAGCGGCGAAAAAUCACUGGCAACAUUCCUUCAAGAGCGCCUUCAAAAAUACAAGGAAUGUGUCCUGGAACUUUCUCAGCAUCAACAGCAACAGCGGAACGGGCAGAUCGCUGCCGGCAAAGCAGAAGGAGACACCCAAGUUCAAGGAGGAAUCGACGCCCUAGUGGAUGGACUCAUUGCAAUUCACGACGAUACUAGGGCCGUGUUGCACACAGAGAACUGGGGCGCUCUGCCCGCCUUUUGGGAACGGUUUGAAAAGAUCGUAGCGACGCUGAAGUUGCUCAGAGUCAACAAGGAUGACUUUGAGACUAUCAAAGCUCUAACACGCGGCCAGUAUGGAAAGGUGUCAAUUGUCCGGAGUCGACUGGACGGUGGAAUAUAUGCUAUGAAGACUCUGAACAAGAUGUAUAUUCUCUCGCAGAAAGAUAAAAUUCUGUAUAUGGAAGAACGACAGGUGCUCGCCAUCACAUCCGAGUGGUUCCCGAAGCUGCACGCUGCAUUCCAGGAUGAAGUCAACCUGUACCUGGUGAUGGAGUAUGCGCCAGGAGGGGAUCUGUACAGCAUUCUGGAUAAAAAGCAGGACGAGAUCGAUAGGGUUCGAGGAGUAGCGGAGGGCAGUCAGGGCGGCAAUGGUGGUGAUGACGAAGGUGACGAGGACGAUGACGAAGACACGACGUUGUCUGAAGACGAGAUUCGAUUCUACAUUGCAGAGAUUGUCCUGGCAGUUGCGGAGUUGCACCGCAACAAUUAUAUCCACAGGGAUCUCAAACCCCAGAACAUUCUCCUGGAUGCAACAGGACACAUCGUGCUGGCAGAUUUCGGUGCCUGUGCAAGGCUCGACGCGGGAGGAGAGGUGCAUGGCCAGACAGUUCCCCUUGGAACAUGGGACUAUAUGUCUCCCGAAGUUGUAGAUGCUCAAUCUGGCGGCAAGCCCUAUGGUAAAGAAGUCGAUUGGUGGGCGGUUGGAGUGGUCAUGUAUGAGUUGCUGGUAGGAGAGCCGCCAUUCUUUGCUGAGAGCGCUAUGGGUAUCAUCCGUUUAUUGCGGGACCACGAGAAAAAUCUUUGUUUCGAUAAGGGGCCUAGCCUGAGUAGCGAGUGUAAGGACCUUAUCACUCGGCUGCUUGCCAGAAAAGAAAAUCGGUUAGGCAAGAACGGCGUCGAGGAAAUCAAGGCACACCCGUUCUUCAAAGGAAUCGAUUGGGACAAUAUUCGUAAAUCAACACCACCUUUCCUGCCUAUCAUCGAGGCCCCAGAUGACACCUCGAACUUUCGAUUUGACGACGAGCUGGACGGCAGCGACGAGACAUUGCAGGACAAGCAGUCGACUGUUGUGGAUUACAGAGGUGGUCAGUUACGUCGGUUUGAGGGAUACAACCUCGCAUUCAUAGGCUAUACAUAUCAGACAUUUGUCGAUUUUGGCAACUUGCGGUCUCCAGACGAAAGACCAGCGUCUGCUUCAAAGGAUAACGUCAGAGCGAAUAUGAGAAGAGAGCCAUCGUAUACAGGGUUAGACAAGGACGAUGUAGGGCGUUUGCGCAUGGAGCAGGAGAUAUUCCGGUUAACGAGCGAGUUGACCACUAAAGAAGAUCUACUAAGUGAACUCAACACAGUCCACCAGGCGCUAUUGACACAAUACGACGAACAGGUCGCGAGGGCAACAGCCGUGGAAUCAGAACUUUCAGCGAAACUGGUGGGUAUCGCAGCCGUUGCUGAGAGAGAGCGCGUGGAGGCAGAGGAGGCGACCUUGGACCUUAAGAACAGUCUUGGACUGCAACAAAAGAAAACUCUGCAGCUGGAGCAGGAAAACGAGACCUUGCGGGCGAAAUGUGGAGAGCUGGAAAAUGAGAUUGAGCGCCAGAGAGAGUCGAUACUGAAGCAGGAGAUCGAUGGCGGCAAGGUUUCACUGCUGAAGGCCGAGAACGAGGAGCUCAGGAAUCAAAAGGAGCACGAUAAACUGCGGGAGAACCAACUUCUUCUGGCAGAGAUGGAGCGAGGCAGUCGGUUACGGGAAGAGAACGAGACCUUGCGAUUACAAAUCCGCGAUUUGGAACGAAAGGAGGAACAGUCGAGCUUGGAAUACAGGAACUCGAUUUCUGAACUGAAAAAGAAUCUGCGAGGCGCUCAGGAGGACGUGACAUCUCAACUCCAGACGCGGAAGAGGCUUGAAGAGGAGCUCCAUCAACAAAACGAGGCCAGGGCAACCCUCCAGGAAUCGCUCAACAAGGCGCUUGAGAACCUCGACCAAAAAGACAACGAAGUGGUACAGCUGACCAAAGCUUGCGAAAUAGCUGCAGCAGCUAUGGAUCCAUCGUCGGUUGGGGCCAAUGGUGGCGGCAGCAUCAAGACCAUCUAUCCGUCCAUGUUGAAACGUGAGCGAGCGAGCAACAAGAUGCUCACCCAGCAGCUGGAAGAGCAGGGCGAGAAGAUUACCGAGUUAGAAAACAAGAUCAAGCAGCUGGAGCAGGAAAAGGGCCGCCAGGGUGCUCUUCGGAGUCCAGACAGGGUAUCAUCGCCAGUGCAUUCCCUAUGGACCCACGACGGUGCCUCGUUGGCGAGUCCGACAAAGGCGCUGAUGGAGAUCUGUGCACCGAAUGAUAUCUCUGGAUGGAUUCGUGUGUCGUGGCCGUCCGCAGAAAAGAAAGCCCCCAAGCAGAGCUGGAAGAAACAAUUUAUCGUGCUGAGAGACCUCAAGAUAUUUGCGCUCGAGAGGGAGGGCGAUCCAAGCUCAGCACCGAACAGCAAAUUGUUAGCCGAUUUGAGAUCUGACUUUUUCUGCGUCCGAACCGUCAAUCGGUCUGAGCUAAUCCACGCAAGCGCCAAAGAGCUGGAAUGCAUUUUCCAGCUGAGAAGUUCAAAUGUCGGCACCACUUCAACGACCUCGACUUUUUCGACAGCAACAACGGAUACCGCUGUAUCGCUCGCUGCCUCGACGCAUUCGUCGGUCCAUAUAACACCAACAGCAGGUCUGAGUCGUUCGGAAAUUCAAAACAAAAUCGACGUGUUAAAGGCAGAAAUACAGAAGGAGGAGCAGAUCAAGCGCGGCGCUGAAUCGAUGCAGGCUGCCUGGAUGAGCUCCAAGGGUACAAGUGACGCCUACCUGAAGUCCAGGGAGAAUGUAGACAUAUGCAUCAAACUGAUCAAGGAAAAGACUGCAGAAAUGGAGCGCCUAACAUCUUUGCUGAACACUGCCGAGGUCAAGCCGGAAACUUCACAGGAUUUGUUCUCAGCAGAACGAAACUAUAGGGUCAAGGAGCUGGAGAAACUGAUCACGAUUGAGCGUCGUCAUCUGGAGGCUGCGGAAAAGAUGGCAGCACCACUCAUGAACUCUGCCAAUAAUGCUGCCCGUCGGAACUGGAAGUCAGCGGUCGAGGUGCAGAUGGACAGUUCGAGACAGCGGCUGGCGUCCCUCAACGCGGAACUGGAAAAGGUCAAUUCUGGCUCCAAGAACUCGUCGCCUCUUCAGUCAUUACAGGGAGUGUGGACUCAACAGCGCGAGAUUUAUGGACAUACCUUCCAUCUCAAACACUAUGCGACCCCCAAAUCGUGCCAUCAAUGUCAUGAUGUCCUUUGGGGAUCUCAAAAGUCUGGUUACGAGUGCUCAGCCUGCAAAUACGUCGCGCACAGACAGUGCCUAGACGUGCUGACGAUCUCCUGUCAAGAGCAACAAGGUCUCCGGCACAGCAUCCCCGUCUAUUUGUUGGCACACGAUAAGCACGAGCAGAGGCGAUGGAUCCGGACGAUUGAGCUGCACCGUAAGAGGGCCGAGGCAUCGAUGAGCAGCAACAGCAGCAGCAACAGUAACAGCAGCAGCCAACUUUCCCCUACUGGUGCUAGUAAUACCAUUCCUGACAAUUCAACGACGGCAGCAACGACAACGACAAUAACAACGACGACAACGACAACGACGCAUAUUGCUGACAAGCCAGGGUUAUCGCCGACAGGAGUGGCAUUUCCAGUAACAACGACUAGUGCCUGAGAUCGUUUACUUUUUUUCUUU